CAACUUCAAGUACAUCAAGUUAGAAAUGACGUUAGACACACCAAAGUAUAAUUUAAAUAAAUAUCCAGAAGUCUACGAACCCAGUGAAGAUACUUUUUUAUUGUUGGAUGCACUAGAAGCCGAUACUUCGUUUUUAUUGAAUUUGAAGCCGAAAAUUGCUGUUGAAAUAGGUUCUGGCAGUGGCGUUAUUAUCACUGGUUUAGCUUCUCUCCUAAAGAAUUCUUGCUUAUACUUUUCUACAGAUAUUAAUCCGCAAGCGUGUCUCGCAACACAAAACACUGCCAGAUUAAAUGGCGCUCCCAUAGAAUGUAUAAACAUGGACUUGUUAUUGGGCUUUAAAAAUCGUAUGUUUGACAUUAUUCUGUUUAAUCCCCCAUACGUAGUGACAGACUCCGAGGAGUUGUCCGGCAGUGGUUUAAAUCGAGCUUGGGCGGGCGGGACAAACGGUCGGGAAAUUAUAGACAGGUUAUCGUGCAAUAUUUCGGAUAUGUUGACACCUGAGGGCAUCUGCUAUUUGUUGUUGCUGAAAGAAAAUAAUCCACAAGAGGUCGUCAGUGGUAUGAAAGGUUUAGGAUUUGAUAGUGAACUUGUGCUUCAAAGAAAAAUACCCGGUGAAUUUUUAUACGUAUAUAAAUUUUUUAGAAGGAAGUAAUCGAAUUUGGAUAGUGAUUAUGUAAAUCAUUGCUUUGGGACUAAUUACAAACAAAAAUAUUUUAACUAUUUAUAUUUUACUGUAUAAAUAUAUUUUUUGGCUUAUUGUUUUCAUUCAUAAUA